CUGCUGUCUUGAAGAUUCUGCAACCCCGACAAGUCUCCUCCCUCCACAUCGAGACACCUUCCUUGCACAGCAACGACUAGGUUGCGCCACUUGCCGGUUACUGCCCGAAAUGCCCUGCUGUGCAAGGGCCUGCCCAGGCCCCAGCGGCCCUGGAUUACAGAUCCAGAUGAUGCAAGAAGGAUCUUUUUUCUCGGCCGUGAAAUCAUUUGUUUGCUUAGUAUUACGUUCUACUGCCACUAUAUAGGUGCUUGUUGCUGCCCUUCUUUUCUACUACUCAUACCAUAUCAAUCCUGUUUCAACCUCUUGCAAUAACAACCUCUAUUCUCAUUUGAUACCCAGUCUAGAUUUUAUUUUUUGCAUUCGAUACUCCAACAACACAAAACUUCACCAUGGUUCAGAAUAAGGGUCUCAUUUUCAAGAAGGUGCCUGAGGGCUGGCCAAAGCCUGGCGAGCACAUCGCCGUUGAGGACCGCCCAAUCGACCUCAACCAGGACCUGCCCGAGGGCUCUAUUCUCGUCAAGAACUUUUAUGCCUCGUUCGACCCUUACCAGCGUGGACGCAUGCGUGCUCCCGGAACCGAGUCAUACGUUCCUCCCUUUGAGCAGGGCAAGCCCAUGACCAACCGCUCCAUCUUCAAGGUCGUCAAGUCCAACAACCAAAAGUUCAGCGAGGGCGAGACACUGAUUACAAUGAGCGUCACCCCCAUUGAGGAGUACUCUGUUCUCGACAAGGCUGCCGCCGAUAUCUGCAAAAAGCUCGAGAACCCCUACAACCUGGACCCCAAGUUCUUCCUCGGCCCCCUCGGCAUGCCCGGUCUGACCGCCUGGUCCUCCUUCUACGAGAUCGGCCAGCCCAAGAAGGGCGAAACAAUCUUCAUCUCCGCUGCCUCGGGCGCCGUCGGCCAGAUCGUUGGUCAACUCGCCAAGCACGAGGGCCUCACCGUCAUCGGCAGCGUCGGCGACGACAAGAAGCUCGAAUUCAUCACCAACGAUCUCAAGUUCGACUCCGGCUUCAACUACAAGAAGGAGAAGCCCGCUGAUGCCCUCGCCCGCCUCGCACCAAAGGGUAUUGACAUCUACUACGAAAACGUUGGUGGCGAGCAACUCGAAGCCGCCAUCAACGCCAUGAACACCUUCGGUCGCAUCAUCGCCUGCGGCAUGAUCUCCCAGUACAACUGCAAGCCUGAGGAACUCUACCCCAUCCGCAAUCUCAUGAACAUGGUCACCAAGCGCAUCACCAUGCGCGGCUUCAUCGUCGGCGACGCAAACAUGGGACCUAAGCACGCUAAGGAGCACCAGGAGAAGCUACAGAAGUGGCUAGCGGAUGGUACCUUCAAGGCACAGAUUAGCGUUACCGAGGGCAUUGAUAAUGCGGUUGACGGCUUCUUGGGUAUGCUGGAGGGUAAGAAUUUUGGUAAAGCUGUGUUGCAGAUUGCGGAUUUGACCAAGGAGUCAAAAAUAUAAACUAGUUGAUUAUGCCAUUUGUUUUUUUUAGCGAUAAUAUCGGCUCAAGAUGAUGCCGUUAGUAUAGAGAUGAAAUGAAUCAAUGUAAAAUAUUGACAGUAUAC